GCAGCCCUGUACACACCUGCCUGCCUGAAGGUUUGCUGGGAUAUCAAGCUUUGCGUGUGGAGUUGGACCAUCUUUCCCUUUGAAUUUUGGAGUUUGAGGGGACUUGCUGUGGACAGAGAAAAAGAAGAACAAUCCAAGCUUAUUGAAGGGGAGGCCUGCAGUAUGCCUGGAUCGAUACCAUUCUACCAGAAGCACCAUCGCCACUAUGACCGUGACUACCGUAGCAGGGAGACGGAGUCCAGGCUGAGCCAGUACCAGUCCAGCAGCAGGUACACUGCUGGCAGUGGCUCCUUCACCGCCACCGGGAGCAGGGGACUUAAAGCGUCUUCGCACUCUCUGCUGGACGAGAGCAGACUCAGCCCCAUACCUAAGAGAGCCAAGCCAACUUACUUGGCUGUGGACAAAGAGAACCAUAUCAUCGGCUAUGUAGUGCCUGUCUUCAGGAGCAGUCAAGAGUUUGGAGCGGGACUUUCAGACACAGAGGACGUGAGGGCGAGGGACUCUGCUGCGUACAUGGCCCGCAGGGAUUUGUUCACCAGUGGUUUGGAGAUGGAGAGGUCAGAGCUGAUCUCCAGGAGGGAGGCCAUGCGGGAGUCGGCCAAUCGCAUCUCGAUGAGCAAAAGGCUCCAUGAACACGGGGAACACUUCAAGCGCAUGAACGAAGACAGCCUGAUGCACCCUCCCAAGUUUGUGAUUAAGCCUCGCUCCCACACCGUGUGGGAGAAGCAAUGCGUGCGGCUGCACUGCACCGUCAGCGGCUGGCCCGACCCCCGGGUCGUCUGGUACAAGAACAAUGUGGUCAUCAACCCUUAUGCCAGCCCCGGCAAGUACAAGCUGGAGAGCAAAUACAGAAUGCACACGCUGGAGAUCAACAGGUGCGAUUUUGAUGACACGGCGCAGUAUCGUGUCUCUGUCAUGAACUCCAGCGGAGAGCUGUCCGCCAUCGCCUCGGUCGUCGUCAAGAGGUUCAGAGAUGACGUUGACGAGUUCCUCCCAUCACCCAGAUCGGCCAGAAUAUCAGACGGCCCAGUUUCUGAGUACGGCAUCAAAUUCAAGACUAACAUCGUCGAUACGUUCGGCGUGUCGUUUGGGAGGGAGGGCGAGACCAUGACGCUGGGCUGUACGGUCAUCAUCUACCCCGCUCUGCACCGCUACGAGCCAGACGUGCAGUGGUACAGAGAUGACGUCUUGCUGUCCCCCUCUAAAUGGCACCAGAUGCACUGGAGCGGAGACCGAGCCAUGCUCACACUCGCACACCUCAACAAGGAGGACGAGGGCCUCUACACACUGCGUGUCUCCACCAAGUCGGGAUAUGAAACCUACUCCGCCUAUGUCUUUGUCAGAGACGCCGAUGCUGAGGUUGAAGGCGCUCCUGGAGCCCCACUGGAUGUCCGCUGUCUGGAUGCCAAUAAGGACUACAUCAUUGUCACCUGGAAGCAGCCGGCUGUUGACGGCGGCGGCUCCAUCCUGGGCUACUUUGUGGACAGGUGUGAGGUCGAAACCACCCACUGGGUGCAGUGCAACGACACUCCGGUCAAAUUCGCCCGUUUCCCUGUCACCGGCUUGGUGGAGGGCCGCUCUUACAUCUUCCGCGUUCGCGCUGUCAACCAGAGCGGCAUGAGCCGUCCGUCCAGAGUGUCUGAGCCGGUCGCCGCCAUGGACCCAGCCGACCGAGCUCGAAUGAGAGGUACCUCUGCUCCCUGGACCGGCCAAAUCAUCGUCACUGAGGAGGAGCCCGCAGAGGGCGUCGUUCCUGGAAGACCUCGUGAACUGAUGGUGACAGAAGCAACCAAGAACUACGUGGUGCUGAGCUGGAAGCCUCCCGGAGAGAAAGGCCUGGAGGGGGUCAUGUACUACGUGGAGAAGUGUGUCUCUGGCACAGACACCUGGCAGAGGGUGAACACGGAGAUCCCAGUCAAGUCUCCUCGCUUUGCGCUCUUCGAUCUCGCCGAGGGGAAAUCGUACUCCUUCCGUGUCCGCUGCUGCAACGCCGCCGGUGUCGGCGAGCCGUCUGACCCCACUGAAGCCACCACAGUUGGCGACAAGCUUGAUAUCCCAUCUGCCCCAGGAAAAGUUAUUCCCACCAGAAACACUGACACAUCGGUUGUCGUGUCCUGGGAAGCGUCUCGCGAUGCUACGGACCUGGUGGGAUACUACAUCGAGGGCAGCGUUGUGGGCAGCGACGUGUGGGAGCCAUGCAACAACAAGCCUGUGAACGUCACCAGGUUCAUCUGCCACGGGCUGAUCACCGGAGAGACGUACGUUUUCAGGGUGAGGGCAGUGAACGCUGCAGGGAUCAGCCAGUUCUCCCCAGAAUCAGAACCUGUGGAGGUGAAGGCUGCUAUCGCCUCCCCGGCUCCACCCUAUGGCAUCACCGUCCUCGAGUGCGUGCGCGACUCCAUGGUGCUGUCCUGGAAGCAGCCGGCCUUCGUCGGCGGCGCUGACAUCACCGGCUACUUCGUGGACUACCGCGAGGUGGUGGACGGCGUGCCGGGGCAGUGGCACGAGGCCAACGUCCGGGCCAUCAGCGAGAGGGCCUACAGGGUGUGUGACCUGCACGAGAACAAGAAUUAUCAGUUCCAGGUCCGGGCGGCCAACAUGGCGGGCGUCGGCAUCCCGUCUCUUCCCAGUGAAACCUUCCUGUGUGAGGAAUGGACGAUUGCAGUGCCAGGACCCCCACAUGAUCUGCAGGCUAGGGAGGUGCGAAACGACUCCCUGGUGUUGCUAUGGAAACCCCCCGUCUACCAGGGCCGCAAUCCGGUCAACGGUUUCUACGUCGACAUGAAGGAGGCGGAAGCGCCAGAGGAGGCCUGGAGAGGCGUCAACAGAGACGCAGCGGAGAAGACCUUCUUCAAGAUCAAGAAUCUUCAAGAAGGAGAGUCGUACAUAUUCAGAGUGCGCGCUCAGAAUCAGGCCGGUGUUGGGAAGCCUUCGGACGUCACGGAGCCUGUCGCUGCCGAGACCAAACCAGGCACCAAGGAGAUUGUGGUUGACGUCGACGACGACGGCGUCAUCUCCCUGAAUUUCGAAUGCGGUGAAAUGAGCCCCGACUCGAAGUUCGUGUGGUCCAAGAACUACGAGGACUUCUCAGACACGUCCCGCGUGACUCAAGAGACCAAAGGAAACAAGUCUAAGAUUAUUUUCAACGAUCCCGGAGAGGAGGACAUCGGUAUCUACUCGUGCAUCGUCACCCACUCCGACGGGGCUUCAUCGAGCUACACACUCUCCGAUGAAGAGUUGAAGAGGCUUCUGGAAGUCAGUCAUGACCACAAAUUCCCCAUUAUUCCCCUGAAGUCAAACUUGGCUGUGGAGAUGCUCGAGAAGGGCAGAGUUCGCUUCUGGCUGCAGGCCGAGAACAUGUCAGCCAAUGGCAAAAUUGAUUACAUUUUCAACGAUAACGCCGUCUCUCAGGGGGAGAAAUAUAAGAUGAAUUUCGACAAGAACACUGGUGUGAUCGAGAUGACCAUGGACUCUCUGACCCCGGCGGAUGAGGGAACAUACAGCUUCCAGCUGCAGGAUGGAAAAGCUACUAACCAGUCCAGCUUGGUGCUUAUCGGGGACGUGUUCAAGCAGCUGCAGAAGGAAUCCGAGUUUCAGAGCAAAGAAUGGGUCAGAAAACAAGGUCCUCACUUUAUCGAGUACCUGAGUUACGAGGUGACCCCAGAGUGCUGCGUUAUCCUCAAGUGCAAGGUCGGCAACAUCAAGAAGGACACCUCUGCCAUUUGGUACAAAGACGGACACGAGAUCAAAUCGGAGCAGAGCCUGAGCUUCACGGAGGGAGUGCUGAAACUGGAAAUUGCUCAGAUUACGAAGAAAGACGCAGGCAUGUAUGAAGUUGUUCUGAAGGACGAGAGAGGAAAAGACACGUCCAAACUCAACCUGACAGAUCAGGGUUUCAAAGAAUUGAUGAAUGAAGUUUUCAGUUUUAUCGCCAAUUCCUCCACUCCACUGAAAAUCACAAGCACAGACGAGGGCAUCCGACUCUACACCUUCGUCAGCUUCUAUAAUGAUUUGCUCCAAGUGACAUGGCACUACAAGGAUUCGCCAAUCGCCUUCUCUGACCGUAUAAAAAGCGGCGUGGUGGGAGAGCAGCUGUGGCUGCAGAUCACCGAGCCGACUGAGAAGGACAUGGGCAAAUACGCCAUCGAGUUCAACGAUGGGAAGGGCGGCCUCAGGAGGACCGUCGAGCUCUCUGGUCAAGCGUUUGAUGAUGCUUUUGCCGAAUUCCAGCGGCUCAAAGCUGCUGCGACUGCCGAGAGAAAUCGUGCCCGAGUAGCAGGAGGUCUGCCUGACGUGGUCACCAUACAGGAAGGAAAGGCCCUCAAUCUGACCUGCAACAUUUCGGGCAACCCCGUGCCGGAGGUCACCUGGCUGAAGAACGAAAAGGAGAUCACGUCGGACGAGCACUGCAUCCUGAAGUUCGAGUCGGGGAAGUUUGCCAGCUUCACCAUCACGGGCGUGAACACGUCAGACACCGGCAAGUACAGCAUCCUGGUGAAGAACAAGUACGGCACCGAGAGCGGAGACUUCACCGUAAGUGUCUUCAUCCCCGAAGAGGCGGCCGGCAAGAAAAAAUAAAGCGGGUCCAAAUCUUGUCGUAAAUAUGUACAAAUGACAAACGAUGGAAACGGUUUAAAGGUUAAGACAAGGGCUUGAGGACGUGUUGAAUGUUUUAUGUAGAAUAUAAAAUUUACCGUAGAGGUGCUAAGUUUAAACAUCAUACUCACAAUGAACGCAGCAGUAAAUCUCAGUACGCAAGGUUAAGGUUACCGUAUGACAGUAAUACUGAUGCACUUUUUGCUUGUGUAAAGAGAAAGAAAUCAAAGUUAUUGAACUGCAAAGAUAGAAGUUUGUGUUGAUGCAACUUCAACUCACCGAAAAAUACCUUGAUGUUGUCUGAAAUGUCUAUUUAAAAUACAAGUGUUUUAACAUUUGCUGCAAAUUAUGUUGGCCUUCACUUCAAGUUAAAAAAAAAAAAAAAAAAAAAAAAACUUAAGAUGAAUCCAUUUUAGAAUU